AUUUUGUUCAUUUUAUUUUAUUUUAUUUUUCUCUUUCCUACUCGAGCUCUCUUCUACUGCGCGUUCCGUCGGGAAAAAAAAAAUAAAGGGUGAAAAGAAACUGCAUCAACUCUUAUUAUUAUUAGAAAUUCGAUUAUAGUUUCGACACAGUUAGGGUUUUCAGUUUAGAAAAAAAAGAAAGAAAAACUGAUUGGUUAGGUCUUUCAAAUUGAGGAAUUAGGGUUUCCGAACGGAUUAAUUGGCUAGGUUUUGUUACUGGACUAUUAGUUUUUGAUUCAGCCAGGUUAAGAUUUUGGUUUCUUUGUAGCGGAUAUUCCACUUGACCUUGAUGUGAAUAAAGGUGGGUUGGGUGGACUUCUAGGGUUUUUGAGUGUGGGGGUGGGUUCAAUGGGGAGCACUGGUGAGGCUGAUCGAAAACGGCGUCACUUUAGCUCUUUGUCGCCCACUGCUGUUGCCGCAAAGAAGCAACCGUUUUUUCCAACUUCUGAGGAGAAAAAGGUUUCCAAGUUGAAACUUUUUCUUUUUUUAAUUCAUAUUUUUGAACCUUCUCCGAAUGGUACUUCCUUUUUUGUUGGUAUGAUGCAGCAUGAUACUGCAGUAUUGCAAUUUCAGAAUCAAAAGCUUCUGCAAAAGUUAGAGGCUCAGAAGGUAGAGUAUUCUGCUUUUGAGAACAAGUUCAUUCUAUUGAAGGAGAAACAAAAGCCAUAUGAUUCUACAUUGAAAGUGGUGAAUAAAUCUUGGGAAGCGCUAAUUACUGACUUGGAAUCACAUUCCAUCCUCACAAAAGAGUCUAGCAGACGAGAUUUUGGAAGUGCACCAAAUACGGAGGAUGGGGCUAUAUCUUGUACUGAGGAUGCUUUUCUUAGCCGACUUAUGGAGACCGGUGCAACUGAAAGUUCCUCCUCCAAUAAUUUCCCAGAGCCGAUGAAGGAAGAUAGAGAUCAGACUGCCUCUGAAAAGACUAGGAGCAUUUUACACGAUAUAAUAGUUGCCAUUAAUAACCUAUGGUGCCUGAAGGAUGGACUAUAUGCUGCAGUUUGGAAAGAACAUCCAAACUAUGGUUCUUGCAGGCAGAAGGCAUCUAGUGAACUAGAAUCACAAGUUAAGAAUUUGAGAUUAGCAACAGGUGAUAUUCAUUUGAAACACAGAUCUUUGGCGAGAGAAUUGCAGAGCCAUAGAGAUAUGGAUGCUAAGAAUAAUGCUGAGAUUAAACGUCUAAAAGGUGAAUUGGAGAGUGCAGUAUUGGAACUGCAGGAAAGUAAUUGCAAAUUGGCGGCUCUUAAAACUGAAAUAGAUGCAACAAAAGGGGCAUUUAUUCCUUUCUUAAACCUUGGGAAUAAGUAUGUUGCUGGUGAUAAAAUCAAAGAUAAGCAUAGAGAUUUGCAAGAAAUGGAGUCUGCCCUCAAAGAGUUGUCGGAACAAGCUUCUUCUCAACUAACAGAACUGAAAGGUCUUCAUGAAGAAAGGAUAAAAAUAUUACAGCAGUUAUCAAAUUUGCAGAACACAUUGAAGAGUGUAAAGUGUAUUUCUUCUUCCCAAGUGUACCUUUUGGUGAGAGAUCAACUAGAAAAGUCAAAGUCAGAAGUUUUCCAUUAUCAAGAUUUAUUUGAGAAACUACAGGUUGAGAAAGAUAACCUGGCUUGGAGAGAAAAGGAAUUCAGUAUAAAAAAUGAUAUAGCUGAUGUAUUUCGGAGAUCAUUGGCUGUUGCUGAUUCUAGAGCUUCUCAUCUGGGGGCCGAGAUAGAGCGUCAAAUUGAUGAAAGAAAGAGAAUUGAAGCUAAGCUUGAAGAGGCAUCUAGAGAACCAGGAAGAAAGGAAAUAAUUGCAGAAUUUAAAAGCUUGCUUUCUUCAUUUCCCGAGGAAAUGAGUUUGAUGCAGAGUCAAUUAGGUAAGUACAAAGAGGCUGCUAUGGAUAUUCAUUCUCUCCGGGCUGAUGUGCAAUCUCUUUCCAGUAUUAUUGAUAGGAAGGCAAAGGAGUGUGAGAAUUUAUCUGGCAGAUCUGCUAACCAAGUUGCUGAGAUGCAUAAGCUGCAAGCCAUGGUCCAGGAUUUGAAGGACAGUGACGCAGAGUUGAAGUUGAUAUUGGAGACGUAUAGACAUGAAUUUACUGAUUCUAGAGAUGUUUUGGAUGCGAGAGAUUCAGACUACAAGUCAUGGGCUUAUGUUCAAAGUUUGAAAUCCUGUCUUGAUGAGCAAAAUUUGGAAUUACGUGUUAAGACAGCUAAUGAAGCCGAAGCGAUAUCCCAGCAAAGUUUGGCUGCUGCAGAAGCUGAAAUUGCUGACUUGCGACAGAAACUAGAAGCUUCUAAGAGGGAUAAGGCUAGGCUUUCUGAUACUUUGAAAUCCAAAAAUGAAGAAAAUGAGGCUUACUUGUCUGAAAUAGAGUCAAUUGGACAGGCAUAUGAUGACAUGCAAACACAAAAUCAGCAGCUAUUGCAGCAAAUCACAGAGAGAGAUGACUAUAACAUCAAGCUUGUUUUGGAAGGUGUGAGGGCAAAACAGCUGCAAGGAGCUCUACACUUAGAGAAACAUACCAUGGAGAAGGAGAUUCAGCAAGCCAGUGCAUCCUUUGAUUUUUAUGAGAUGAAAGCUGCAAGAAUAGAGGAUCAGUUGAGGUUCUGCUUAGAGCAGGUUCAAAAACUUACAGAAGAAAGAUUUCAAAACUCAGUUUCAUUGGAAAAUACACAAAAGCGAUUGUCAGAUGUGAGAAGAUCAUCUCAACAAGCAAGGGAGUCACUGGAGGAGUCACAAUCUAAGAUUGAGAAAAGUCAAGUGGAAUUGGUGGAGUUGCAGAUAGAAUUAGAGAGGGAAAGGUUUAGCAAGAAAAGAAUUGAGGAGGAAUUGGAAGUGGUGAGAAGGAAGGUUUUAUGUCUUCUAGCCGAGACAGAAGGAUCGUCUAUUGUAGGAAGGCUUCGACAAGAACUUAGAGAGUACAAGGAAAUACUGAAGUGCAGUAUCUGUCUUGACAGACCAAAAGAGGUUGUUAUUACAAAAUGCUACCACCUCUUCUGCAAUCCGUGUGUACAAACAAUUAUUGAAAGUCGUCACCGCAAGUGUUCAGUGUGUGCUGCAAGCUUUGGUGCUAAUGAUGUUAAACCUGUUUAUAUCUGAUAUUGGAGCUCUCAUCACAGCUGAUCGUCAAUGAGAUUUGGCCAGCAUCUCUCGUGCAUGCGACCAUAUCUGACAUAUGGACACUCACAGGUUCCGAUGUAUUGUUAUAUUACAGAUUUGUUAGAAAAGAAUCUUGACAGGAACUAGAGGGUUCCUGUUCUUUUGGUCAGUGCAAAUCCUCUCAGAUUUGCUUGUUUGCUUCUAAGUAGUUGAUUUGACUUAAUUUUAUUUAUUUAUGAUGUUUGCCUCUUUAUUUAACUGCUUGGAGCGACUGGAAUCUUUCAAGUUAUUAUUUGCAGAUUAGUCAGAAUUGAUCAAAUUCAAUAUCCAGAGCCACGGAGGUUGCGUGAUCAAAUAAUGAAAUAAAAUUUAUGAUGCUAAGCCUGAAAAAAAGAAACAAAAAAGAAGAUCCCUGUCUAUCUCCAUUGGAAGUAGGCAUCGAGACUAAUCCAAGGAUUAUUUUUUUUCCCUGCCGUAACCAUUUUAAGCAUUAUUCAAAUUUUUGGCGUACAGAUUCUCAUAGCAAAUUAUUAUCAGUAUUGUUAAUAUUUCUUUUUUUUUUUGUGGUCAAAUUUUCUCCUCUUUGUAUUGCAAGUUGUGACAUUAUCUGUUGAAAGAAAAUAUUUAGAUUUUCUCUAUUCUUUUAUUUGUUGUGUAGAAACCUUUUUAAUUGCAUCAUAUCAUUCUUUGAAAUUUAAAGAGCUUUGGUUUGCUUGCUUUCCUCAAGGGAGUAACGAGGAUGAGUAUAUAUGAGACUGGAUUUUGGCAAUGACUCAAAUUAUUGGUAUCUGUAGCGUUCUUACCACGAAGCCAGACUCCAUUAUCUAUGCCGAAUAACUUACAGGCCAACAUGUAGGUGACAAAUGUAGUAUGUCCAGGUUAAUGAAAGAAAUUGCAAAUGUCAGGAUUAGAACUUGUCUACCUCUGCUGAUUGGAAGCUGUUACUAGCAUUAGUUGAUAGUUUCGGUAAUGGAUGCGGGCUGUUUGAUGUUGUUAAAAGAAU